GACACCAUGGAGGUCACAGCUCUCUGCUUCAGACUGUUGAUGCUUAAAUUCACUCUGCUAAAUACUCAGAAAAGUGCUGCAUCUUCUCUUCAUAUCACCCCAAACAGACUGCAACACUUUGAAUAUGAGUCUGUGUCUUUUAACUGUGCGGGGAUGUCUGGUCCCACUCAGUUAAGAGGGGUAAGGAAUACUCAGGAAUUUAUUCCAGUAUGUCAUAUUAAGAGGACGCCAACAGGGUCCUCCUGCACUGCUAAUAACAUCUAUCAAGAAGACAGUGGAGAAUACUGGUGUGAGACUGAAGGAGGAGAGAGAAGCAACAGUGUCAACAUCUCUGUCACUGCUGGUUCAGUGAUCCUGGAGAGUCCUGUCCUCCCUGUGGAAGAAGGCAACGACGUGACUCUGACCUGCAGAAACAAAACGACUUCCUCAAACAUGACAGCUGGUUUCUACAAAGAUGGCGUCCUCAUCAGGAGCAGCUCUACAGGAGAGAUGACCAUCCACAGUGUUUCCAAGUCUGAUGAAGGACUCUACAAGUGUCACAUCUCUGGAGCUGGAGGAUCACCAGAGAGCUGGAUGGCUGUCAGAGAUGGUUCAGUGAUCCUGGAGAGUCCUGUUCUCCCUGUGACCAAGGGAGACGAUGUGAGUCUGACCUGCAGAAACAAAACGACUUCCUCACACCUGACAGCUGGUUUCUAUAAAGAUGGCGUCCUCAUCAGGAGCAGCUCUACAGGAGAGAUGACAAUCUACAGUGUUUCCAAUUCUGAUGAAGGACUCUACAAGUGUCACAUCUCUGGAGCUGGAGAAUCACCAGAGAGCUGGAUGGCUGUCGGAGAAGAGACUACUCCGACCUCAUCCAAUCCCACCUCCUCCGGUCCUACCCCAUGGAUUGUUACAACUCUCUUAUUGAUGGUUCUGCUGUUGGUGGUGGGACUACUUCACCUCUGCAAAGGGUAUGGGAACAGAGUAUUGGACUAUCUGUCCACAGUGACUCUUUGUUCAAGCUCAGCUGAGAACCAAACAGUCUCUGUAGAGGCCGGUGCAGCUGAUGAGGACAAAGUGAUGUAUGCUGCUGUAACAAAAAACAGGAAGAAGAAAGAUGUAAGUUAG